AUGUACGGUGAAACCGGGGCUAGAUUGGCUGACCCCCGAGGGCGCGACCACCAGGUGCAACACGCCAAGCGCAUGCAGAACCUAUCGCACCUGCCGCCGUACCUGCCCGAGAUGGUGCGCGACGUGACGCGCGAGGUUCGGGGCCUGGAAAAGGACGUGGAAGAGCUGCUUCAGCCCUUCCAUGGCUCGUUUGACCCGGCGGCGAACCAGGCGUUGGCGUGCACGCUGCUGGUGAACCACCUGUCGAUGCGGCGCAACAAGCGGUGCCUGCUGGCGUACCACCGCACGCGGACGGACAAGCUGGAGGAGAUUGUCUGGAGCGGCGCCGAUGUCGCGGACCUGUCGAGCCAGCAGGUGCGCGACCGGGGCGGCGGCGGUGGCGGCGGUGGCGGCGGCGACAGCGACGACGAGAGGCUGCCAGUGACGGUGGGCGAGGGGCGGACAAGCAGCCUGAGCCCGCAGGAAGAGGACUACGUGCGGCAGUACAGUGACCUACUGGCGGCGUACAAGGGGCAUUGGACGGAUGUCGAUCUCACGGGGAGUCUGGAGCCGCCGCGGGAGUUGUUCAUUGACGUGCGCGUGCUCAAGGCAGCGGGUGAGAUACAGACGGAAUACGGGUGGGUUUUUGUCCUUUGCUGGCUGGCUCAGGUGCAGGUUGAGAAACGGCGUUCCCUGAUUAACUGUGAUGCAGUGCGAUAA